CGGGCUUUUGCUCUUCUUUUCCAUUAAGAUGGAAAACACAUCUGAAUGGUGGAUUCUUUUUAUUGUUCAUAUAUAUGACUCCCUUUUCCCUCGUUGAAGACACAAGAAUCUAUGCUUUCUGAUUGCAACUAGCGUUGAUGAACUGAAGCUCAAGAUUCAGUACACAGCACAAGAACUGGAGGCAGUAAAAGCAAGAGCAAAUGAAGAGAUGAAUAGAAACAGUGAAUCAGUGAAACAAUUGUUGCAGCUCUUGAAAUUUGUUUGUCAUGAAAGAGAUCAAGCAAGAGAUCAAAUCCAGAAGCUAUUCAUCAAAAUUAUGCCUCCUAUGCACAAUACUAUGAUGAUCUCCGAUUGCUUUGCAAUUGAUCAACUUCAUCACCUUCAUCAGAGCCCUUUAUCGAAACCUGCUAAAGCUAACUCAAGUAUGGCAGAAUCCAACAGUUUUUCUGAUGCAUACAAUCACUGUUUAUCGCCGGUGGAUUCACUUUUCGAUCCGGUAACCUCCCCGGAGUUCUCUAACAUGAACACCAACACUACGUUGGUAUCUGCCAAUGGUCUUCAUGCAUCAGGAAGUGUCCCAAAAACCGAUCAUGCUACCUUGAUGAUGGAGAGUAUGAUCAAGGGAAAGACCUUGCCAAGAAAAGGGAACCUGCUACAAGCGGUUAUGGAAGCUGGUCCGCUUAUGGAAACCGUGCUUGCAGCAAGCCCGGUUCCUAAUUGGCAGAACAUGUCCUUGUCGUCGUUCCAUAUCCCGACUGUGUCUGGCUCUAACAAUGCCCAGAAUCCGAUGUCGAUGAUGAUAUUAAGACAAUCACAGCCAUUUGUUGAGAUGUCUUGUGGGAAUUUUUCUCAGCUAACGGACGUCCGUGGUGGUGGAUCAAGUAUUUUGAGUUUUGAUGAUGUGAAUUUAAGUGACUCUAGAAGGAGGAUGGUAACAGGUUGUCCUCGUUCUUGUAGUUUUGGUCAGAUUGAUAAGAGGCAAAGGUUUCAAUAAACUCGUUAAAAGAUGGUUGUUUUUGCUUUCUUUUUUGCUCUUUUGUUCUUUCUGUAAAGGAGUGUGAUGGGUUUUGAGAGAUGAUCCAAUGGGUGUACAUGAUGAUCUGCUAUUUUUAGGGUCUGAAUUGAAUCAUAUAGUGGCUUUAUGUGACCAA